UUACAUGCACUGUGUGUCAUGCGUUUCAUCGUAAUCACGUUUUAACAAUUUCUCCACCGAUAUUUAAUUUUACGUUAAUCCGCCGAUUGAUGCAGUCACCCACAGCGUCGAUGCGCCCUUUGUUACGUGCCUUCUCCAUAGCAUCCAAACAGCGUGUUGACAUGGUCGAUCCUGUUCUGAAGGCCGAGGUGGUGCUCUCAGAGAGCAAUCGCAAGGCUUGCAUCGAGAAAUUCAAAUCAGUCCUGGUGCCGAAGAUGCGUAACGUACCAGAAGCGGCCGUUUUAGUCCCGUUAUGUUUAUAUAAAGGAGAACUCGGAUUCUUAUAUACUCUGCGAUCCAUGAAGCUCACAUCCAAUCGGGGACAAGUGUCCUUUCCAGGUGGCAUGCGUGACAAGAGCGACGUCGAUCUGCAAGAAACUGCUUUGCGAGAGACUUGGGAGGAGCUGAAGAUUCCCAGGGAGAAGAUCGACGUGUGGACUACAGGGAAUCUCAUCGGCAAGUCUGAUGUUAAUGUGAUGCCAGUUCUGGCUUAUAUCGGCGAGGUGGUGCCGGAGGAACUGGAGAUCAAUCCUGACGAGGUGGAAGAAGCCUUCGUGGUCAGCCUGCAAAAAUUGUGCGAUCCUGAGCUAAUUUGUUUCACGAGUUUCCGUCCAACACUUGUGACCCUGCCAUGUUAUUUGGGUGGAAAAUACCGUGUCUGGGGUUUUACCGGCGCUAUCACUCACAUAGCACUCGAAUGCUUGGUGCCGCAAGUUUACAAAUACAAGUUCUUGUCAAUACAACCGAUGCAGAAGAAUGAAUCUAAAGAGAAAGAAUCAGUUUCUUCCGAUUAUGAUGCGACGCGUUCGAAAAUAUGAAGAGUAAAGUAGAAUAAAAUGCUAGAAUAAGAUCUCGGAUGGAAAAAAGAUGUUAACGAAAAAGUACAGAAAAACUACAUAGAUUGAGACAAGAAAUUCUUAAUUUUUCCUAAAUAUUUGUAGUAGGAUGUAGAGUGAGGUUUGUUUGUCUUAAAAAUUUUUAGUUUUUUGUAGAUAUUCGUAGUGGGGUAUACAGUGUCGUUGUUUGAGGGCGAAAGAUUUUUUUAUUUUUCAAACAAUACCAUUUUACGUUCCACUACGAAUAUCUAUGAAAAACAGAAGAAUUUUUAAGAUUUUGUCUCAAUCUAUGUAAUUUUUCAUAAA